GGCUUCGAUGACGCGCAUGCGGUGUUUGCCGAUCUGCGCGGACGGUGUCCGGUGGCCCAUACGUCGGAUUUCGAGGGCUUCUGGGUGGUGACCAAAUAUGCGGACGUGGUGAGGGUGCUCGCCGAUUCCGAUACGUUCUCAACCGCAAAGCAGAACGUCGUCCCGCGUGUGGCGACAUCGGGCCGCCGGCCGCCGCUGCAUCUCGAUCCGCCCGAGCAUACGCCAUACCGCCGGGCGAUCUCGCCGCUGUUUACCGCCGAGCGAAUGGCGGGCUGGGAGCCGAUCGUUCGGGAUAUCGUGGCCCGUCUGCUCGCCCCGCUGGUCGAAAAGGGCGAGGCCGACAUCUGCGUCGACUUUUCCUACCGCUUGCCCAUUUUCGUUCUGGCGGAGUUCUUUCACAUCCCGCCGGUGCAGGCCGAAAAGAUCCGCAAUAUCGGGGCGGAUUUCAACAGGGCGCUCCAGGUCAAGGAUACGGCCAGGCUCGAAGAAACCAGCCUGUUUCUCUAUGACGUCGCCCGCGACAUUAUCGCUGCGCGAAAGGCCGAGCCACUCGAUCCGGGUGCCGAUCCAACGAGCGCGCUGCUGGCGGCGCGGGACGGGAACGGAGCGCCGCUGCCUGAGGACAUGAUUCUGGGCACGAUCCGGCAACUUCUGGUUGUGGGUAUCAUAGCACCCACCACAUUCACCGGGUCGAUGGUGGUGCAUCUGGCCCGGCAUCCCGAGCAUUUCGCUAUGCUCAAAGACGAUCCCGGCCUCGUACCGGCGGCGCUCGAAGAGCUGUUGCGGCUCUAUACGCCCUAUCGAGGGUUCGCCCGAACCGCCAAGACCGACGUCAUCCUCGGCCGUCGCGCAAUCAAGAAGGACGAGCCGAUCGCGCUGGCGUUUACAUCGGCCAAUCGCGACCCCGACGCCUUUGAGGAUCCCGAUAGUUUUCGGCUCGACCGUGCAUCGGGCAAACAGCAUGUCGCGUUCGGCUUGGGGCCGCAUCAAUGCGCCGGGGCUCCGCUGGCGCGCCUGAUGCUGCGUGUGACGCUCGAGGAGUUGCUGGGUCGCACCGAUGGCUGGGAGAUCGAAAGGCUAACUGAAAUGGUGGGCGGCCAGUCGCGUGACGUGAGCAUUGCCCGCACGGACAUGCGAGCGCAUGGCGGCCUCGGCGGCGUCGGGAUUGCCGGCCAGUAUGGCGGCGGUGAUCACCUGGUGAUCACGGUUGGAAUUCGCCAUGGAGUCGGAGGAAAAAUUGCGCGGCAACUGCAGGCGGUAGAGCGGCAGCCUGACCCUGUGCAGGAACUCCUCGACAUGCCGGUUACCCGCGAUCGCACAAAUGGUGGCGUGAUACGCGAAGUUCUCGGCGUUAUAACUAUCGACAUUGUGGGCGGCGACGGCGGCGUCGAGUCUGUCCUGGUGGUUCGAGAGCGCGGCGCGCUGUUCGGGCGAGAGCCCGGCCUCGGCGGCAAGGCGGGCCGAAAGCCCUUCAAGCACUUCACGGACUCUGCCCAUUUCAAGGAUUUCGGCGCGGGUGAAGCGGCGGACAUAGACACCGCGAUUGGCGACGAAUUCGAGAUAACCCUGGCCGACGAGGGUUUUGAACACCUCGCGGAUGCGGCCGCGCCCGGCCGCAUAUUCCUCGGCCAGAUCCACUUCGAUCAAUCGCUGGCCGGGCGCAUAG